ACCACUCGCAAGCACAUUAGCCAGCAGCUCAGCAGCAGCACAGGAAGAUGGGAAGCGCCGGAGCCACCCUCGUCCGCUUCCUGCUGUUGGCGUCGAUCGUGGCCGGGUUCGCGGCGCAUCUCGCCGCGGGGGAGAAGGACUGCUACGACGAGAGGGACAGCGUCAUCCGCAUGUGCAAGUGGACCAUCAAGAAGGGGAGCCCCUACCUGACCCCAGACAUGCCCUGCCGCCUCGAGGCGAGGAAGGUGGACAUGCCCUGCAUCUGCCGCGUGCUCACCGCCGCCGACGAGCGGAUCAUCAGCCCCGAGAAGCUCGUACGCUGCUCCCGCGAAGCCGGCGUCGCCCUCCCCGUCGGGAGCAAAUGCGGGACCUACACAAUCGUGGCGCCAGCGCCGCCAUGCGCGCAUGCGUGAGGAGUUCCGAUCACGGGAUCGUGCGAGAGGAAGGCGAGGGAAGGGCCGGAGGAGAUGUCAGGGGAGAAUAACUGAAUAAAUGCGCGCGUGCGGCGUGCCUGUACGCUGAGCUGUAGUGAGCUACCGUAGAAUGUAUCGUCUGCCAUGGAUGCAUGAUACCCUGAGAUCCGAGUAAUAAUAAUAAAAGCCUUCCUUCUAAAA